AUGGAAAAUGGGGACUAUGCUAAGAAUACUAUGCCAGUAGAUUUUGAUCCUGGUCGACUUGAUCUUUCUGAAUAUUUGCAUGAAAACUCACCUGAAUCAGCAGAGCCGUAUCGCUUGUAUGCAGUAACGAAUCACUGUGGUCGGUUAAAUAGUGGUCACUAUACGGCGUUAGUUUGUCAUGGAACGACUGGUGAAUGGCUGCGGUUUGAUGACGAGAGUGUUUCGCCCUCGUCGGCCAGUGGCAUAAAUACUUCUGAAGCGUAUAUGUUAUACUACAAAAGAUCGUGA